AGAUCUAUUUGCAUUCACAGUCCCUUUUUUGCAUCUCCUGCCCUCGAUUCAUUCCUUGCCUUUCCGCUAUUGAACGACCAAACUCUCAUUUAUUUUAUUGUUACUAGCCUUCACUUAUUCCCUUCCCCUCCUUUCCACAUUCCAAGUUUCACCCCCAUCUUUUAAUCAACAUCCCUUUCUUUCCGAGUUGUUUCUAUACUUCUCCUUGGUAUACUACUACAUACCUCCGUCCCUUAUCAACGCUCCCCGUCUCCAACUCUUACUGUCAACACCGCCAUUACCAUCACCAUGCAUAAGCCUUCACUGGCCCAAAUAGUGCACAGCACAUUAUUUCCGCGCCCGCGCGCGAGUGAUCCGGCUACAUUCUCAGCACAUAUUACCCGCAACCUGGUCCCCGAAGUUCGAGUCGAAACAUCCACAUUCUAUGGAUCGCUUGACUGCCCCGAGGCUCAGUAUCCGGGACUUGACUAUUCCUAUGGUCCACACCGCAUGAGGCUCGGUCGUUUUCCAUGGCACCGAAGACUGUUCCGGGCGUUUGACGAGCUCGGUCUUACGGAGACUGAGAUCUCUUCCCUCUGCCGCUGGGAGGGCACCAAAUCGGCUCGCGAGCGUUACGAGAAGGAAGAGGGAGUCAAAGUCCGCGAUACUACGGCAGACAAUAUUCGACCCGCUUCUCCUUCUCCCCUCCCAUCGAUCGAGGUCCACUACGAGGAUGAGACGGAGGAGGAAGAGGAUGAAUUCUUGCCAGAACCGGAAUACCCGGUGGUGACAUUCGAGACCGUGCGCUCUACCAGCAGCUUGAUCGAUGACCGGGGGAUCGAUUGCAUUGUGGAAGAGAAGGAGGAGGAAGAUUCAAGCGACGACGAAAUGGAAAGCUGCGGAGUCGAGCUGAACCAUCGCCUCAUAGCGGCGACCGCGGCCCGCGAGCAGGGGGCAGACGUGUCACUGGACGAGGAUUGGGAGCAGUGGCUGAAGGAAGCCGGGGAGCGAGGGAGCUACACCGACGUGCUCAGUGCGAUCCGGAUGGGUCAGCCACUGGGUUACCUAUACGAUACGUCUCCUCCAAUGCCGCCCGUCGGAAGGGUCGGCGGUCGAUCAUCUGCCUCACUUUCAGAGCCAUUCGUUCUCCCCACCCCGUCCAUGCUGUCGAGCCGGGGUAUCCAGCGUUAUGCUCAUUCGUCGUCACGGACAGCCCGAUAGAACGGCAGUCGACUGCGGUUUCCUUUCCUUGCGAGGUUCAACAUUUAGCGAAAUGGGUCCGGCUACUCUGAUUCAUGCAUUUGCGGCGCAUCCUCGGUGGAUAUCUUCCUUGGCGAUAUUGCUCAUUGCUCUGCUUCUCACAUCUCCGAUUCCUCUUUCGACCGUAUAGAUUUCCCGUGACUCUGCGCGUCCUCCUUUUUUUCACUUUCUACAGUUGUAAUACCCCCUUUGAGCCACAUGCGGCACCAUUUGCACAUAGAUGCGCCUUCGUUGAUCGUCUUUUCUUUGAAGUCGAAAUAAAUUGCAGAUUAGAAGAAUGCGGUAACACACAAUAGAGAAUAAUUUUAUAUAAUCAUAUGAUAUGAUCUGAGAGCG